GGACUGGAGCAGGAGUCCGAACUCACAGACCCCCAUCCAGUCCUUCAGCGAUGCUCAACCGACACCGCACCGCAGAUUGAACCCCGACCACCGGCAGCAGCAGGACCCACCGACCUCCAGCUGAUCCCCCAGGGAGAAAACCAGAGCAGCCUGCCCCCCUCUCUGAGCUCCAGGAAGAAGACGCAAAAAUGUCAGAGAGGAGAGGUCAGAAAAAGUCCGUCUUCCUGUCUUCAUUGUUGGUGUGUUGUAUGUUUGCUAGUGCAGAGUAUUCCAGCUGUGGAGAGUAUGAAUUUUUCAACCAGACCAGUAACAGCUGCCAGGCCUGCCCUCAGUGCCAACCGGGACAAGAGCCACAUAUGACUUGUGGCUACGGUGUGAAGGAUGAGGACUUUGCCUGUGUGCCGUGUCCUCAGGGGAAGUAUUCGAAAGGGAAGUAUGAGAUCUGCAGACGCCACAAGGACUGUGACGCCUUCUACAGAGCCACGGUGCUCAUACCAGGAACGCCAGAGAGUGAUGCUGAGUGCGGACCCUGUUUACCUGGGUAUUACAUGCUGGAGAACAGACCCAGAAACCUCUACGGGAUGGUCUGCCAUUCCUGCCAGAACGCACCAAGCAACACCAAAGAAUGUAGAAACAAAGUUCCUGGACCUCCUCCAAUCGAUCCCGGUAGCACCACUGUGUUCCCGCCGCGAAAUAAAGAACCCACGGGACAGGGUCACCUAGCAACCGCUCUCAUUAUCGCCAUGUCAACCAUCUUCAUCAUGGCCAUUGCUAUAGUCCUCAUCAUCAUGUUUUACAUUCUUAAGGCCAAACCGAGUGGCCAAGCGUGUUGUUCUGGACAAGUGGUGAAGGCAGUAGAAGCUCAGACGAAUAAACAGGAAGACAAGAAAGAUGUCCCUGAUAACGUGGUGAUCUACUCGGAGAAAGAUGAGUUCGACAAAUUAAAAGCUCCUCCUCAGAAGACAGUGAAAAGUGAAAAUGAUGCAUCGUCGGAGAAUGAGCAGCUGUUAAGUCGCAGCAUUGACAGUGAUGAAGAGGCAGCGUCGGACAAACAGGGAUCGGCCGACAACAAUAACCCCAACCCUAACCUGUGCCUGGUCAACAUGGGCAACAAGCCCGACCUCUGCCUGCUCUCUCUGGGGCUCCUGGACCGAGAUCGCGCUUGCAACGGGACCCCAAACAUCGGAACCAGCCCCACUAAUAACAUUUCAAAUUCCACCCAUAUCAGCAACGUCAACCACCUGACCAGCACAAACCACAUCAACAGCAUGAAUGCAAUCAACAACAACAAUAAAACCCCAGGGAUGCUACAGAGUCGAAGGAAAAAGAUCCUGGAUUUGUAUACGAGAGCAUGUAACGUGACAGAGGGUCUGAGCCCCACAGAGCUUCCCUUCGACUGCCUGGAGAAGGCCAGCCGCAUGCUCAGCUCCUCAUACAGCAGCGAGGCGGCCGUUGUGAAGACGUGGAGACACUUGGCGGAAAGUUUCGGCCUGAAACGCGAUGAGAUUGGCGGCAUGAGUGACGGCCUGCAGCUUUUUGAGAGGGUGAGCACAGCGGGCUACAGCAUCCCCGACCUCCUGACCCGCCUGGUGCAGAUCGAGAGGCUGGACGCCGUGGAGUCUCUCUGCUCAGACGUGCUGGGCAGCAACGAGACGGCAGCAUCGGCCGGACGGCAGGGCAUCAACAGUUUUCACAGUCAGCUAGUAUGUCCGUCACCGUGCCCGUCGCCUUCCCAACGCUGUGCCAGUGUAUAAACAUGUGGCGCAGAAGAGACUUCAGAGACCUCAGUGACGUGCAGAACAGUGACUGCUCUAACACAGAGGACAGCACAUUUAUACUGUAUAUUCAAGUACAUACACGCAUUACAUGAAGAAUAUCAGCGGACACCUAUGGGUACUGUCCUUGUUUCACAGUAUGGUUUUCUCCAUUAAGAAGCGAGUACUAAAAAAAAACAACUUUUAUCUUAAGUGAUACAAACAUGGAUGGAAACAACAAUCAAAGAGCAUACAUUGAUCAGAAGUGAAAGCUAAUUGUUCCUGUGCAACAUCAACACAUCGGAGCUACACCACAGCCGUUUUGGACUGAAAGCGGAACCACACCUUCGUCUCUUUGCAUCUAUAUUCUUGGUUAAAAAUCCAGUUUAUGCUUAAUUUUGAUAUGUUUUCUCUAUUACGAAUAAGAAAUUUAUGUUAAAGGUUCAAUAUGUAAGAUACUGAUGUGCUUGUGUACUUGAAAGAAAAAUUAGUUUUGAGCUGAGAGUUGGUCAGUCACUGAUGUUAAAUAACUUAUUUCUAAGCUAACAACUCUCUUGUUUGCCAGUAUAACAGCCUAAACCAGGGGUCUCAAACAUGCGGCCCGGGGGCCAAAUGUGGCCCACCAAAGAUUCCAAUCUGGCCUGUGGGAUGAAUUUGCAAAGUGCAAAAAUUC